AUGGUGCCUGCUCGCACCAACGUGCCUGCUGGGAUCCCCAGGAACAAAGUGAAAUAUUCAAUGCUCUCCAGCACUGACGAUGGACACAUGAACCUAAAGUGUCAGGAAAGCCCCGCUAAGAUUCCCUACAAGGCCAUUGCCUGCUUCGCCCUGCAGUUUUUGAUAGGCGCUGUUCUCCUGAUCACCGGCUGCCUCCUGCUGGCGGGCUACCUCAGCGAAGCAGGACCCAACCGGGCGGUUGCCAUUCUCAUUGUGGGCAUCCUGGUGUUGCUGCCCGGGUCUUACCACCUGCUCAUCGCUUGCAAAGCCCAUGGAGGCUGCCCUGGCUACUCCUACCAAGACCUUCCGGACUGUGGCGACUAG